AUGGGUGGUAUGAGCUGGGGUGGUAUCUCUUUGGGGAGUUUUGUCAAGGACGAGAUAAUGAUGGCCGGCACUUCUCCAUAUCCGACACAUCAGUCACCAUCGUUCCACUCAUCGUCCUAUAUGCCCAAGCUGGAAGCAUCCUUUAUGCGCGACUUUAUCUGCUGCGAGACGACGUGGGAUACCCUUCAUGAUCUGCUCCAGCAUUAUGAGGAGCAGCAUACUAACCUCACGGGAAACUCCACGUUGGGGCCUGGGUUCGGCGGGAACUUCACGCGUGGUCCUGCCAGUCGUGCAACUUCUGUUGCACCUUCAGUCAGACCACAGCAGCCAACACAACCGAUGCAUGGGUUCCAGCAACAGCGCCAGCCUGGUACUGGCGCCAGCAACCUGGGCGCUGGCGGAUUCGGUAUGAUGCGACAGCAGGCGGCUCCGGUCGCACCCAAGGUCAACCACAUGUCUCACCUCAACGACGAGAUGGAUGCAGUUGGCGACAUGGAAAUGGAUGAUGCUGUCGGGCACAUGGAUAUGGACGACAGCCAACGCAUACAGCAGACCCGUCACCUCUUUGGUCAGCAGCAGCGACCCCAGCUUCAUCUUAAUGCCUCGGGGCUUCCUCAUCAAGCGUUGCGCACUUCGCAGCCACCAACACCAGCUGCUCAGAGCUUUGGAUUCCAGAACAAUCCUACCGUCUCUUCGGUCAACACACCAACACUGACGACUCACCAAGGCCUGCCCCAGCGCGGACAACAGUUCUCACAAGAUAACGCUAUGGAGGAGGAUGAUGAUAUGUCAGGCCUGCCCAUGAAGCUUAACACCAACAACUUGGCGCCUCUAGGCGGUUUUCAGUUCAAUAUCAACAACACCAUCGACGACCCUGCGAAGCGCCUUUACAGCCCCGGGGGUUCUUCGGCUCAGAUGACCAGCCAGCAACGAGCCAUGGAACAGCAGUUGCAAAUGCAGCAGCAAGUCCAGCAGCAGUUGGUGAGCAUGAAUCUUGACUACAGCCAACUGCCACCGGGCAUGGAUCCAACCACGCUUCUUCAGCACUUCACUGCGCUGAUGAUGCCACCACCCGAAGAACACAAGCCGUUCAAGUGCCCCGUCAUCGGCUGUGAGAAAGCCUACAAGAACCAAAACGGCUUGAAGUAUCACAAGACACAUGGGCAUUCGACGCAGCAGCUCCACGAGAAUGGCGACGGCACAUUCUCCAUCGUCAAUCCUGAGACUCAUGCGCCCUAUCCAGGCACCCUGGGUAUGGAAAAGGAGAAACCCUUCAAGUGCGAAGUCUGCGGCAAGCGGUACAAGAACCUGAACGGUCUAAAAUACCACAAGCAACACUCCCCACCGUGCGACCCGGAACUUCGAGCUCAGCAGCAGAACCUCUUUUCCAGCAUGAUGCAGAAUCCCGCAGGAUUUAUGGCCAUACAGCAGAAUCUUCCCAAUAUCAACGAAGACAACAAUCAUUAA